CCCAAACUUGUCAACUAUCCCCAUUCCCAUCCCCAUCCCCAUCCCCCAGUCUCUGCAUUCGUUCCAGCGGCUGUUCUUCAUGUAGCUGUCGCUGGCGGACUGGAGAUGCUCCAGUAUUCUACUUGUUCGAAUCCAGUACCGCCCCGCCGCCCGACUGAUGAUGGCCGCCCAAGUCCGGCGGCAGCUUACGACAACUGCACCCCCAUCACCAUACAAGCGUACAGCAGCAGCACACGAUGAAACCCUUUUCCAGUUCACCCGCGGCCGAUUCCUUACCGACGAAGCUAAUGAACUGGCCAAGAGACACAUCCGUUUCAACGUGGAUGAACUCGCCCGCUUAGCCGUCCAGGCCGCAGAGGCUGCAAGUAAGGGGCCGCGGCCGUAUAUCGCCAUUGAAAGACUGGCCGACGGGAUGCACAGCAAGGCUAUACGCUUCACCAUGGACAAUGGGUUCCAAGCUGUGGGCAAAGUUCCGACUCCGAAUGCUGGGCUUCCGCGCUUAACCACUGCCUCGGAAGUCGCGACUAUGGACUUCAUAGGCCAUACCCUCCCUUCUUUGUCCGUCCUCGGUACGCCAGUUCCCAAAGUUCUCUCGUGGUAUUCUUCGGCCGACAAUCCGGUGGCGGCGGAGUACAUCCUCAUGGAGAAUGCACGCGGCGUGCCACUGAGUAGCCUGUGGGACAAACUGGGUGUGCGGGUUAAGUUCAAGGUGCUUGAGAAAGUCGCCGCCUACCAGCAGCGCUGGUCCCAGGUUCGCUUUACGCAGUAUGGGAGUCUAUACUACCGAGGGGACCUCGACCGGUCAAGUUCCAGUCCCGGCCUCCAGUACACGGACAAAGAUGGGAAUUAUGCUGUUGAUGAGAGGUUCGCUGUGGGGCCUUCGGUGAGUCGGCAAAAUGUCGAUGACGGCAGGGCAGACUGA